UUUUUUUUUUUUCAUCUAAAACCCUAGACAGGGUUUUUCUUCAAAUUCUAAUUUUUGGAGCUUGCCUCCUGUCUCUGUAACUGGAAGAACUCUUACAUAAGCCAAAAACAAUAGACAGCGAAUUUAGGACUAACAAGCGAAAAUGGGGAAGCUUGGUAAGAAAGCGAGGAAAUUUGCAAAGAAGAAUCUUCAGUCUGUGUUAAAAAGAAAGCGGAAGCUUAAGUCUGUGUUCAAAAAGAAAGCUGCUAAGAAGGAUGAGUUGCGUGAAUCUGAAGACCCAGAAGGAGAUGCAAAGCAGCUUUCUAAUGGAAGAAAACCUGAAGUUGAAGAUAUUAAAGAUAUUUCCCUUGAUGCAAUAUUUGAUGAAGAUGACAGUGAUGUGGCUGAAGAUGAUUUGGAUAGUGAUGGUUAUCUAUCAGAGGAAGAAAGUUGUUCACAUCUGCAUGACAUGGAAAGUGAGAGUAAUCUAGAAGACAACACUGGUUAUAGUGCUUUAUCAGUUGAGGACCGGGAAAUCCAUUCAGAACUUGUGAAGAAAAUGAAAAAAUUGGACAGGUUGAAAGAUAAGGAUCCAGACUUUUUGAAGUUUUUUGAGAGCAACAGGGACCGUCUUAAAGUACUCCGAGAUGAGGAAGAUCAGUUUUCAGAUGAAGAUGAGUCUAGUGAUGAUGGUAGAGAGCCAAAGAACAAAAAUGGCACAAUUGAAAUCAGCAUGUUGUUGAAUAGUUCUGCAGUUGAUUCUUUGUGUCAACUGGUUUCAGAGCAGCACAAUGUACCUGCCCUUAUAAGACUAUUAAAUGGGUUUAGGGCUGCUUGCCACUAUGGGACUGAAUCAUCCAACGCUCUUAAAGAUUACCUAACUUUUAGCAAGAUUUUGAUGUUUAUGCUUCGUGAAGCUGACAGUGUAUUCCAUAAAAUCCUCGGCAUAUCAUGCACAAAUGAAAGGAAGGAAGCUGUUUUGGAACUCAAGAAUACUUCGAAAUGGAAAAAUCUGAAGCCAUUGAUAAAGACUUAUUUGAGGAGUACCCUGUUUUUCUUGAAUGAGGUUUCAGACUCUGAGAUUUUGGCCUUCACAUUAUCCCGACUUAGAGCUUCAAUGAUUUUUUUUGCUGCUUUCCCUUCUUUACUGCAAAGACUCAUCAAGGCAUCAAUUCAUUUGUGGGCAACAGGUGAGGAGACUCUAUCAUUGCACUCUUUUCUGGUGAUUAGAGAUGUGGCUGCUGUAUUUAACUCGGAUUGUUUUGACACCUGCUUGGUUAAGUCAUACAAGGCUUUUAUUGGUCGCUGCAAGUUUGUGGAGCCAGUUUUAUUUAAACGCAUACAAUUCUUGAAGAAUUCUUUUGUUGAGCUGUGCUCCUUAGAUGUACAGAAAUCGUUUACCAAGGCAAUAGUUUCUAUCCAACACCUUGCUAAGAUAUUACAGCUUGGCUUACGAACGAAGAAGAAGGAAGCACUUAAGAAGAUAUGUAGCUGGCAGUAUGCUAACUGUGUUGAGCUCUGGGUUGCAUUUUUGUCGGCAAAUAUACGUUAUUUUGAUCUUCAAGCUUUGCUGUAUAUGAUCAUUCAGAUCAUAAAUGGAGUAGCUGUUCUGUUCCCAGGGCCAAGAUAUUUGCCCUUAAGAGUUAAAUGUGUUCAAUGGCUGAAUCACCUCUCCAGUUCUAGUGGUGUUUUCAUCCCUGUUGCAUCAUUGACAAUGGAUGUUUUGGAAUAUAAAAUUGACAAGGGAGGUAGGAAGCCAGGAAAGGAGUUUAACUUUACAUCUACUAUAAAGUUGCCAAAACAUUGGCUUAAAUCACGAAACUUCCAAGAAGAAUGUGUUCUUUCUGCCAUUGAACUGCUGGCAGUGCACUUUGCUCAGUGGAGCUAUCAUAUAUCCUUUCCCGAACUGGCAACUAUUCCACUUAUUCGCUUGAGGAAAUUCCAUGAAAUAACUACCACUGAGAGCUUCCGGAAUAUCUUGAAGCGUUUUAUUGAUCAGGUAGAACAGAAUAUUGAAUUUGUGCGGAAGAAAAGAGAUGAAGUUGCUUUUUCCCCAAGAGAUCAGCAAUCUGUUGAAUCAUUUCUGCAGCUAGAGAAGCCCAGUGGCAAUAUGCCAUUUACUCAAUACUACAGAAGUCUCGUGGAAAAAUCUGCUUCUAGGAAUUUACUUAGUCAUAAAAAUAUGAGUUACUUGGAGCAGAAGCAAUCAAAAAGAAAGAGACAACUUCCAAACAAUAAUGUAGAUGUGGCUGUUAAUGGGAAGAAGAUUCAAGUUAAAUAGAUCAAAAAGAGAUUCCAGAUGAAUGCUUUCCUGCUACCUUAUUUGAUUUGUAAAAUUAGAGAACCCCUUUUUUCUCGCCUUUUACUUUCUUCGGCGAAAUAUACACUUUAUUUAGGCUUCUAGAUGUUCUAGUAUUGGAACAGAUUCAGUCAGCACUAUUGUUUAUAUCUGCAGAAAUUAGGUUUAAGAACCAUUCUGUGGACCAAUUUUCCAUGCUGUAAUGCUGAAAUCAAGUUUUGGUUUAUAAUAUUAAUUAACUUAUUACUUGUUUGUUAGA